AUGAACGCCCUUACACGGAGAGGUCGAGGUCUUUUGGUGGCAUUCGAAGGUUGUGAUCGAAGCGGGAAAUCAACACAAUGUCAGAUGCUCGUGGACUACUUGAAGUCUACUGGGCGAGAUGUGGCACACUUGUGCUUUCCAGGUGAAUUAAUGUAGAGAUCUAAAUAAUCAUAGCAUUAAUUAGAGAUCAGGUCAUAUUAGCUCUUGUAGUCAAUCCUUCUCCACUGUACAAUAUGCAUUUUUGAAAGUCUAAUAAUGUCAUACUGAAACUGUUUGUCCCUUUUCUCCUCGGCCUUCCCACCCCUCGAUGGCAGUAAUCUUUUUUUUUUUUCGAUGGUAGUAUGAUGCUGCUGAAAACCUUUUUCAUCUGCUAUUUCAGCAGACAAGAGUUGAAAUAAUUAGGGCUUUCAUGAUAAAGUAAUGAAACCUGGCACACUUGCACAUUAAAGUAUCAUAAUCUGGGCUAUCUGGCUUUUGGACCAGUUUACUCUGUUGGACCAGAAACCAGGGAAGGCCUUGAACCAGUCAGUCUGAAAUCUACAUACUUUUAGAGUUCUUUGUACCUCUGAAUUUUUUUCUUUGAUCAUUUCCCCCUGUUAUACAUGUAUUUCCUCAUGUUAACCACAGACAACUUAACCGCUCAAUGCUCACCAUUCACACCGUAUUCACGUAGUUAGUGGAGGAGACCGAAAGGAAGCAAAGAUCAAAGACAAAAACAAUAGUACUGUAGCUGAUGUUGAAGCUCCCUGACAGUGCACAAUCCUUUGUUUUCUGUUCACAAAUCUUGGUCAAUAAGAUCAAAAUAAUAGGAAUGCUAUUGCACUUUGUGCGCCAUCAGGUUCACAAAGAUAUAGAACAAGGGAGUCUGAUGGGCUUCAUUACCAUUCUACUUUAUUAACUAUGCCAUUCAGUCCACUCACAACUUAACUUGCAAUCAGGCAUCCUUUCCUUGUUCUUUGCAUGUUCUUUGUUACCUUUUGCCGACUUUUUCCUCCGAAAAGAAAAAAAUAGUGCCUGAUCGCAGGUUAUUCACAACCACUCAUUAACCUGCUUUGUCCUGGGGGUACUCCUGGAAUAUGUGUGUGGGGUAGGCGACCAAAAUAUGUGGUUUCCCCUACCCUUUUUUUACCUUGCAAGCAGAGGAUUGCAGGGUGGAAAAGAUGUGGCUUGUGAAAAGAAGCCUCUUCUGUCAAACAUCCAUUUCUGUCGAGCAAUUUAGACAAAUAAAUUAAAAAUAAUAAUAAUUGGUAUAAUUGGUUUGGCAAUUGCAUCAGCUUGAUCUGCUGUCAUGUCAAGUUUACCGGGUGACUCAAUGGGUAAAGCACUGAGCGUGUUUUCAAUGAAAAUGUACCAUAGUAUCUGUCAUUAUGCCCAGAAACUUGUGCAUUUACAAUACAAAAUGAGAUGGUUGUUAGCAGAGACUACUUUUUGCAUGCCAGUUUAUAUUGUGGAAAAGUAGCCACCGCUCGCAGGGUGCCUUGUUUGAGAACUGAACCACUGUUUUGAAGAGGCGAAUGACCUAAAAAAAUGCCUUACUCCAUACCUUGGUUCCAGAAAGCGAAAAACCUUAUCUUAUCUACUCAUAAAGAGUCAAAAACCAUAACCUUUUGGGCCUAUAUAAUUUAUUUAAAGGACUGCCCCCUCCCCCCUCCCCAUUUCCUUCAAGACACUUUGCUUGUAAAUAUCUGAUAAAAAAAUGCAGCUCAAUAUUUGAACAUGUCCUAGGCCAGGUUCUCUAUUUUCUUUUAGACAGAACAACAAGCAUAGGAAAGUCCAUCAAUUCAUAUCUUCAAGGAACAACGGAGUUAGAGGAUCAUGCGAUCCACUUGCUAUUUUCUGCGAACAGAUGGGAGGCUGUGUGAGUAAUAAUUACUUUUAUUAUUAUUUUUAAUUAUUGAAUGUUAUUUUAUGUUAAUGGUGUAAAAAAUACACCAAUGCACCAAGUGCAUAGUUGAGUUCAGCUUGUGGGAAUUCUUAAGAACACAGGAGAAGUGCCAGAGAAGCACAAUAUUGAUGUUGAAUGGAACCAAUGGUUAUUUUUGGAAUUAGCGCCCUUCCCUACUCCUGGAAUGUCCAAACAGAGUGAUCAAUAAAAAGUACAAAUUCCUCCCAAUAAAAGCUUGCCUUAGAAUUUCUUUACCUACAAUUUUUUUUUGUAUGGCAUUUUUUUUUUCAAGGCACCUUUUGUUAGGUGUUUAUUCUUGUUAACAAAUCUGUUAAUUUUUCUAGGCCAAAAAUAAAGGAGCUAAUUGAAAAAGGAACUUUGGUGAUAAUGGAUCGUUAUGCUUUUUCUGGAGUUGCUUUCACAGCUGCCAAGAAGGUUUGCAUGAAAAAAUUGUUUUUUAAUGAUCUUUAACCAUUGUUGUUAUUAUUAUGUAUGGUUUACUGAUGUUCGUACUUGGUGGCAGCAAAACAUGAUUCAAAGCAAAAUUUGGGCUGUUUUGCGACCAGAAAUUAUUAAUAAACAUUGUGUUUUGUUUAAAUCAGGAAUAGCAUAAAGCUAGGGUAUAAUCAUGAUCGACAAAUACUCGAUGGACAAUGUAUGAUGGUGUAUGGGUAAAUCAGCCUGAUACGUACAUGUAUGUUGAAUGCUUUAACAGCUCAAAAUAACAUAAUGAGUAAAUUAAUUUACAAGGGAUGUUCCAUCGAGAGGCAUUAGGUGAUUAUUACGAUGUUGCUUGGGCGGAUGGUGGUGGAAAUGAUGUUGAGAUUGAGGAUUCUUAUUUUAGUCUGUGCUGAUGAUGUUUUUCAUUUCUUCAUUUCCUACUUAUGACAGUCUUCCUCCUCUUCAAAAGAAGAAUUUCUUUUUAGUCAUCUUUUUCUUUGGGAUUUGAGCCGAUCGCAAAGGGAGAGAUACCGUAAAAUUCUGGAAAUAAGCCCCUCCAAAAAAAUAACAUAAGCCCCAAAACUUGUAACGUAAAAAACCCUCCGUUAAAUCGCCCCUCCAAAUAUAAGCCCCCCGGGGGCUUGUACUUGGAAAAUUGCCCUCAAAUACAAAGUAAAACAAAGAAAAACGGUAAAUUUCCUACCAAGAAUAAGGCUAGCCCAAUCGAUUUUAAAUGCAAAUUUCCUUCCGUACAUAAGCCCCUCCGAAUAUAAGCGAUUCCAAAAAUAGGCUCCUCAAAAAGGGCCUUUGAAAAAUAUAAGCCCUGGGGCUUAUUUUCGGAAUUUUACGGUAUCUUGAGUAGAUAAAAAUGCUAUUACUAUUAUUUUAUCUAUGGAAACUAAUAUCAAUAUGGAUGAUGUUUUCCAUUCCUUCAUUAGUUCAAAUGUUCUGUCUGCUUUUUAAAAGUUUUAGAAAAUUAAGGGUUGCUUAUUUGGAUGAAGUCUAACUUACACCAGGUUGUGAGUACCUUUCUAGUGUAUGUUUUAUGCUUUCAUGAAACUGUUCAUGAGAAACGGUGAUUAGAUAAAAGUGUUGAGCGAAGUGAAAAUGUCUUAGAACACGGUUUUGUUAAACACUGUUUAAACUCUGUUUAAGUACAGUAACAGGCACUAAAUGUCUUGAAAACCUUUUCUAGGAUUUUGAUGUGAAAUGGUGUAAAAAUCCUGACAGAGGUUUGCCAAGUCCUGAUGUGGUCUUUUAUUUAGACAUUUCAAUUAAAGAUGCAGAAAUGAGAGGCCAGUUUGGUGAAGAGAGGUAUGAAAAGGCGGAGUUUCAACAACGAGUGGCCGAUAUCUACAAACAACUUAGGAGUGAUGAUUGGAAGGUAAAUAAUAUUGUUUGUUCUUAAAAAUGAAACAACAACAACAGCAACAACAAAUUUAUUUAACUACUCAAGACACACACAACUAAAGCUGAUUUUCAGGUCGGGUGUAGGCAAACGCAUAUUACAAAGACCUACAAAAAAUAAAAGCAAUAUGGUGUUCACUAUCUGAAUGCAAAAUGUUACAAAAUUUUAGAGAAUAAUCAGUUACAUAAAAAUUUAUUAAUUACAGUUAGUUUUACAAUAUAUUAUGUUGGUGGGAGGUUUUGGAGAAUAAUUUACAUAAAAAUUGAAAUAUUUACACAUACAAAGUAAGAAAUCAUACCAAAAAUUAAUCCAGCAGAAAGCAAAGGGGCAAGUUUGCUUUUAAAUUCUGAAAGUGAUUGUGCUCUUUUUGCCUUUGUAAGAAAGGUUGUUCCAGAGCAUACCACAAUACUUAAAACUACGUUUUAGAAAAGAUUCAGUGACAUCUAAAUAUUAUUGUACAUGACCUUUUAUCAUUUUUUCAUCAUCUUUAAUCUUAAUACAAAUGUCACCUUCCAAUUUCAAAAUGAUGAUGACCAAAAACACAGCUUUGAUGUCACUUAGGUUUUUUCCCAUUAUUCACAAUUUGCCACUCAUGGAGCUCCCUUUUUUAACAAAAAGCACUGAAAGUGGCAUUGAGGUACCCAUCAUCCUCCUAAAGAAAAUAGUCUGAGCUGAUAACAGCCAAGAAAGGCAAACACAGCAUUUUGUGUGAAGCGCGAGAUGAGGGGAGGAGAAAAAUAAAGCACCUGUUACCAGUCCAUUGUUCUGGCUUUUCCCACGUUCACUACAUGACGCAAUAUUCUGGCAUGUUUGUCUGGAACAAAGUAACUGUCAUGCUCUUUUGACAAUGCUGUUCGAGAAGCCUUUCGUUUAUUUCCAAAUGUUCCAGAAAUAAAAGAAAAACAAAAGAAAUGUUUAAAGAUGUUCUUGGAUUGCAUCCAACUAGGUUAGGAAAAAGCCUGAUUUACUAACUUUUUUGACAGGCCAAACAUGACUCAUAAGCUCGUGACCUUGGAAUUUGUUUGAGCAACACGUUUUCCCUCUUUACUUCUUCGCUGCUGUGUUUGGACAUAACUAAACUUUGACCGAGCAAGUCUCACUUUUGCCACACUGAGUCUUACAUUAUUGAAGGUGAUUCUGCCCUUGCACUUAUUUCCUUUUUUUUUUUUGCUGUUAUUGGUGUUUCUGGCAGCCAGAAAGGUGACAAUUUUUGAACAAUGGAUCGUGUUUUGAUUGGUCCUUUUCACAUCACUGCCAUCAGUCAAUACUUGUGGGCGUAGCUGGGCAGAAGAGCCAGAACAAUGGACUAGUAACAGGGGCUUUAUUUUUCUCCUCCCCUCAUCUCAUGCUUCACACUUGUUACUGCUUUGCACAAAAUGCUGCAUUCACCUCGCUUGGCUCAUAAAGCACCUGUUAUGCAGGCUAGAGCUGUGAUGAACAUGAAUGAAAACAACCAUCUAAUGUAAACUGUGAAACCAUAAUUAAAUUCAUAGAGUUUCUUUACAGUAUUAUUUUAAUCUAGUAAAUAACAUUUUAAGAUGACAUUUUCAUUUGUAAAUGAGUUUAGGAAAAAAAUGUUUUACACAGGAACACAUAACAUUUUUUAUGUGACUCUGUAGAACUCAUAAAUAUCUAACAUAAAGUUGUGACUGAAGAGAGUUGGAAAAGAAUCACAAACUUUCGGUCAGUCAGGUGAUCUCAAAUAAUUCAGGGCUGGAAGUUUGAAAAUGUAGAUCCUGUUGAGGGUUGUUGCAAUCCAUCAUUGUAUUUCUAGCUCAGUUGCAACAGAGCAUCCAACUAGUGUUUGGAAGGUCAUAGGUUCAUUUCUGAGCUGGAGCUCAGAAGUUUUUGCUGAGUUCUUCUUUCCACAAAUAGCUUUUCAUUUAUCAUUUUAGUAAAUUUUGUGGCAUUGAUUAUGCAGGUGUUAGAUGCAAUGAGGGAUAAGAAUGAUAUCCAUAUGGAGAUCCGCAGUACUAUACUUGAAAUGGAGGAACUAUGUAGAGAUGCCCCCUUGAAAGAUCUUUGGACUAAUAAUAGUUGAAGACAAGACUAUUGCAAUUUAGAAAAUCAAUUCAAGCUUUUCAAGUGAAAGUCUCGGGAAGGUAGGGCAGUAGUAAUGUAACAAAAGGCUUGAAAUGUGCACAUUGGGAAAUUUGAAAAAUGAGCACCUUCUUUGAGGGUAGAUCUGACUAUUAGUCACUUUGAAUUACUAACUUUUUAUGUUCUAUUUAUACUAUGGUACAAUUUAUUCAUGGCUGGCACCAGUGAAUUUUGAAGUGUUAAGAGAUCAUUGCCUUG